AUGUCAACAUCAGGAAACAGUAAAGGGGAAGCAUCUGGAGGCAAUGCAUCCGAUGACAGCAAGAAAAGAUCCAGUCCGAUGGAUGAAGAAGGCGAUGAUGCAGACAAAAGAAAAGGCAACAAAAGAAAGAGAGCAAAGGAGGAAGUGUCAGAUGCUGACAAGAAAGAUAAACCUGCUAAACCUGAAGUGAAAGAUGAAGUGGACAGUGAUGAAGACCCAACCAGCAGCCUCAAGUGUGAUCCCACCGGUCACGAUGGGCCUUUGGUUAUUGUGGUUCCAUUCUUACCUAUUAUAGAUUUGGUUUCAUUUUCUUUGGCAGUUUUAAAGAAGGUUGAAACCCUUUUCCAGCGCCUUGUCCCAAGCAUAGGCUUAGUGCUAGUAGUUUGUGACAACAAGCACAGAACUUGUACCAGAGAAUUAAAAGCUGUAAUCUGUUUAGAGUUUCAUGUUAUUGUUGCAUGCAGCUCCUUGUACACAUGCCACAGGCUUGUGCUAGCUGUUAGUGAUAACCAGCCCUAUAACGUGUACCAGGAAUUAAAGGCUCCAGCUCCUUGUCCAAGCACGGCUAGUGCUAGUAGUUUAGUCAAUGUAAGCACGGCGUGUGAUUAUAUUGGUGCAGGUAUUGCAGGUCUGUUUGCAGCAAGACAGGUUAUGCAGUUUGGUAUGGACUGUGUUUUUGUGGAGGCCCGGGACAGAGUUGGAGGUAGAAUUGCUACAUUCAGGAAAGGGAAUUAUGUUGCAGAUUUAGGAGCAAUGGUUGUCACUGGUUUAGGUACGAUUAUUGGUUUAGUGUCAGUGGUUGCUGAUGGUUUAUAUAAAUAUUGUGUUCUUGAGAAAUUUUCCACUGGUUUAUUAAGGGUGGAAAACCCAAUGACAAUAUCAGUUAGACAGGUAAUUAUGGAACUGCAUAAAAAUCAAACAGAAGUGUCCUAUCUUUGGAGUAACUGGCUCCAAAUCAGUUGGAAUAAAGUAAAAGAGGAGAAAUCAAAACUGGUACCUAAAGAGAAGGUUGAGAUGGUAGAGAGAGAAUUUAACAGAUUAUUGGAGGCUACAUCAUACCUGUCACAUCAGAUGGACUUUAACUAUGUUAAUGGUAAACCUGCCUCACUGGGCUGUGCUCUAGAAGCUGUCAUAAAGUUGCAGGAGAAACAUGUAAAGGAGAAGCAGAUUGAACAUCAGAAAAAUAUCAUAGAACUACAGGAAAAACUCAAGAAAAAUCUACACCAGUGUCUGGUAUUGAAGGACAGGAUUGAGGAGUUACAUAAACAGUGGAAGGAAGCAUCAGAAGUUAAACCACCGAGAGAUAUCACUGCAGAAUUCCUCAUCAAGAGUAAACUCCGGGAUCUCAAAGUAGCUGGCAAGGAGUAUGAUCAGUUAAUAGAACAACAAAAAGAGAUAGAGGAAAAAAUAUCAGACCUUGAAGCCAACCCUCCCAGUGAUGUUUACUUGUCAUCAAGAGAUCGGCAGAUCCUCGACUGGCACUUUGCCAACCUGGAGUUUGCUAAUGCCACGCCCCUGUCUCUUCUCUCAUUGAAACACUGGGAUCAGGAUGAUGAUUUUGAAUUUUCAGGCAGUCACCUCACAGUUCGGAACGGUUACUCCUGUGUACCUGUAGCAUUAUCUGAAGGUCUUGAUAUAAAGUUGAACACAGCUGUCCGUCAGAUCAGGUGUACUACAACAGGUGUUGAAAUAUUAACCAGUAAUGCAAAGAAUAACAGCAAUCAGCAGACAUUGAAGGGUGAUGCAGUGAUGUGUACCUUACCUCUUGGUGUGAUGAAGGAGAGUGUACGGGGUGGAGGUACAAACAGUGUACAGUUUAUACCCCCACUUCCAGACUGGAAGGCUGCUGCAAUACAGAGGAUGGGCUUCGGCAAUCUAAAUAAAGUUGUGCUGUGUUUUGACCGAAUAUUCUGGGACCCAAAUGCCAACUUGUUUGGUCAUGUUGGGAGUACAACAGCAAGUCGUGGGGAGUUAUUCCUGUUCUGGAACCUGUACAAAGCACCAGUAUUGCUAGCCUUGGUGGCAGGAGAGGCAGCAGCCAUCAUGGAGAAUGUCAGUGAUGAUGUGAUUGUAGGCAGAUCUAUAGCUGUACUAAAAGGAAUCUUUGGCAAUAAUGCUGUACCACAGCCUAAGGAGACAUUGGUAACAAGAUGGAGAGCUGACCCAUUCGCCCGAGGAUCUUACUCUUUUGUAGCUGCAGGGUCUUCAGGCAAUGACUAUGAUUUGAUGGCCACACCUAUAUCCCCUCAGCAAGGCGCCAUGCCCCGCCUGUUCUUUGCUGGAGAACAUACAAUAAGGAACUACCCAGCAACAGUACAUGGUGCCAUGUUGAGCGGGCUGAGAGAAGCUGGCAGGAUCGCUGACCAGUUCCUCGGAGCUCCCUAUGCUCUACCAAAUAGACAACCUUCUCAAACUGUAUGAAGCAAAACAGUUUUGGCUUUGAGAAAAAGUGAAAGUUAUGUUCAGGAUGUUACAGACUGUUAGCAAAGGUAUUGCAUUGAGAUGUUGAAUUAUUCUCUCCAGCUUUGCUGAGGCAGUUUACUGCAGUAAUUUGCAAGUAUUUAGUAGGACAACGAGAUACUUCAAAGAACAUCAGGAGAUCUGUUUAAGAUUUAUUUAUCUUGUGUUGGUGAUUGUAAUAGGUGGUUAUUGACUGUCAAAAAUGUGUUCACUAGCUGAGAAGAUCUGUAACUAUGUUCACUUCAUUCUCCUAGACACAAGUCUUGAUUUGUUAGUGCUAUGUCAUUUUCAGAAUAAAUUGCGGAAUGUAUUAACACCUGGAUGAAUGUUUACAAUGACCUGAUAUACAGUGUGCUCAUACAGUUCACAUACAAAGUUUCACAUUGUUACAUAUCAUAUACACAUAGAAUUUCUACAUGCUCAUAUCCCACAAAUCAUCCAAAUUGCAUCUUUACUUUGCUAUAGAUUUUUAGCUUGAUCCGCGGAUGAGGCUUAUGUUCUCUUUGACGAUUUGAUAAACGACAUUGUGCCUGAAAUCAUUCCUCCUUCACCUCUGAUUCAUGUUGGGAAGUUGGCUGGUUAGGUUAACUGCCUGCCAUUACAUAACUGAAAUACUGUUGAAAAAUGGCUUUAAACCCAAAACAAACAAAUCAGAUUAUUCAAAUAUUUAAAAAAAAAAUUGCUACCAGGAGGGAUAUGGCAAUCUUUGUGAAUAUGCAUAUACAAUGCACUAGUAGAAAUAAAAGAUUUUUUCACAAGAAUUUCUCACAAAAAGUCCUUUUGUGACCAUCUGUCAAUACUAUUCAGAUUAUUCUGAUUCUUAAAAAACAUUGCUGCUGGUAGACAUGGUCACUUUUCUAAAUAAUUGUAUAGUGGAAACUAGAAAAUAAUCAUAUCAGAAACUGCUGACCUAAUUUCAAAAUAACAUUUCCCGGCCACUUGCUACUAAGAAUAUUCAGUUUGUCUGAAACAUACAGUUGAAAUCCUGUAGAUGUUACCUGUUUGAGCUGUAAAAUUCAGGUAAGCGAUAUAAUGCCAUCAUUGUUUUCUUGUUCAUGCAAUCAUUUUCUCAGUUCAUAAUUCAUAAAGUGCAGUCAUCACCUUGUAGCACAAAUCUUAAAACCCUCAUCUUGCUUUGAUUAAGGAAAUGAUUUUUUUCUUGACCUUUAAAAAUUUUGUUAUAGAAUUUUAUUAUAGGGCAUUUGUAAGUUAACACUGAACUUCCCAUACAAUUUCACUGGCAGACCAAGGAAAGCAUUACCGGUAAUUCAGCUCUUUAAAGAAACUGAUGCAGCAUGAAUAAAAUUACAAAUUCUUAGAUUACUUAGUUGUUACUGUUGCUUUUUUAACUUUGUUUCUCAGCAUUGCUUCCUCAUUCUGUUAAUUUAGUUCACUUAAGCUUUUGUCAAGUUUUCUAAAACUGGAAUAAAUGCUUAUCAAGGCAGCUCAUCGUUUUAUGCUUGUAUUAUUGUUUCUUAUACUUUCUGAAGAUGUUACAGAUUUUGUUAAUGAAUGUUUUACAUGUGAGAGCUAAAUCAAAAGGUUUCAUCCUGUCUGCUCCACCCUUAGACAGACUUACAUCGUACAUUAUCAUUACCCAUGCAAUAACAUUUUCAGAAUUCUGUUGUUGUGAUGGUAGUAAUACUGAGAAUUAAAAUCAUGACAUUGUAAAUAAAGUCUUAAAGAAUU